UUCUGCUGCAAAGAGAGGAGGGUGAGCUCAGGAGGGCUCGGGCUGCGGUCGGUGGCGCUCGCGGCCGAGGCCGUGCGCCUGCAGCCGACGCCCGCGGUCGGUCUUGCGGCCUGCACUUGCACCCGAGCCGAGGCCAGCGGCUCUCACAGCAUCCAUGGCCACUCCCCGCAACACCGGCGACACUCGCAGCUGCACACGGAGAGGGAAAAUGGGCGAGAGUUCACCCCCCCUCCCCGAGAGCAGGGGAGAGGAAAGGGGGCCUCCGUACCACGGCCAAAGACGGCGACACAACGAAUCAACCAAGCGCUAAAAACAAGCUUGGAGGGAUUUAACGCCCCCCUCUCUUUCGCAUCGAUCGCUCGCUCUCUCGCCAUGGACUCCGCAGCUGCUUCUGCGAUCCCACGAGGCCAGGUGGAUCUAGUCGAUUUCGUUGACUGGAGCGGAGUCGAAUGCCUCAAUCAGAGCACGAGUCACUCGCUCACCAAUGCCUUGAAACAGGGUUAUAGGGAUGAUGUUGGUUUGCAUCUGGAGAGCGAUGCAGAUGAGCAGCUUUUAAUUUAUAUUCCUUUCACGCAAGUCAUCAAGCUGCAUUCAGUUGUUAUUAAAGGGCCGGAAGAGGAAGGCCCAAAGACAGUAAAACUUUUCACAAACAAAGAGCAUAUGGGCUUUAGUAAUGUUAGUGACUUCCCAUCCAGUGACUCAAUUGCUUUAUCCCCAGACAAUUUGAAGGGAAAGCCUGUUAACUUAAAGUAUGUCAAGUUUCAGAAUGUUCGCAGCUUGACAAUUUUUAUUGAGGACAACCAAGGUGGUAAUGAUGUCUCUAAGGUUCAGAAGAUUGUCCUUUAUGGAACUACUGAUUGGCCAACCAAGUUGUAAUGGUUUGUGGGUCAUUGGCCAGAGCUCUGUGCAACCAAGUAAGAUCAAGUUUCCAGAUAGUGAAGUUAUUCUUAAUUAUCUGCCUUGAGAUUUCUCUAUUUAAAAUCAAGUUAGUAAGGCAAGGUUUUGCUGUAGCCUUCUUGUGGGGUGUCAUCUCCUGAUCAUCUUAUUCUGGCAAAUGGCAGCUUAGAAAUAAGAUAUUUCUUGUUACACUGCAUGACUAUAACACCACUUCCUUUGGACCGAAAACCAUAAUCUAUUUCUGGGGUUGUCAUGAUUUGCAAAGUAUAUCGCUAUUAAAUAUCUUGUGGGUAGUCCAAAAAAUAUCUUGCUGGUAGGUCAAUCUCAAUUCUAGUUGGCUUGUUGAUAAAAUGUUAUGUGCUGAGAAAAGAUACAAAAUUUUUUAUUCAAAAAAACGAAGAAUUAGAAUAACAUUAUCUUAUCUCUCAUUAAUCGAAUGCUAAAUACUCAGGAACUAAUACGUUUGGCAACCUAUCUUGCUUGGUCAAAUUCUGUGUUUUAGCCCUGCUGCAGCCUGUUGAAUUCCUGAAACUCAAUAUAGAUUUUACAAUUCAUCUAUACUCAUUUGGAUAUGAUGUUUGCAUGCAUAUAAAUUAUUUAUAUGCUUUAUGUUGCAUAAUACUAGUGAUACUAAUAAGAAAUUUCCAUAAUGAAUGAGUGAAACAUUUAUCAUCGAUUAUGCCAGACACAGUAGACUCGUUAAGAAGGAUGUUCUUAGCACACAAUUGACUUAUCGAUAUAUUAAUUGAUACAAAAACCGUGUCAAAUCCAUAUAUGUGUAGUAAUUAAUACUUAAAGGUCCAAGAAUCUAGGUAACACACGUGUCAACAAACAUGCCUACAUGUUAAAAGCUAGUGAAACUCAUAAUUUUUCCUAUUGGGUGGCUUGAUAUACGGUACAUCCUUCCUGUGCUAGUUAAUACCAAGCAUCAUUCUAGCAUGGUUUGAUGAAACAUCAAACAUGAAGUUUCAUCUUGAAUGUUUUCAGGGGCUUCUUUUCCCUUCUCCUAUUGAAGUGAAUGGUAUACUGUAAGGGGUUAUAAGUUCGUGUUAGCCCAGUAAAAGCUGAUUUAGGAUGAAACUGGAUUGGAUCAAUUAGACAUCUUCCAGAACUUAUAAAACUGGACCAACUGUAUAGUUGUCACCUUAUUUCAAAAUCCAUUAAUUAUUUGCUAUCCAGGAUUUUUUAUCCUUUGAAAAUACAUACGCACUUUAAUUUAUCUAGAAUACAUUUUGUGUUCAUGACAUAGACAUACAGUAUGAUCUAUAGAAAGAAUAUGCCAUGCAACUCCAAAUACUAAUUUAUUAAUUCAUUGAUAUUUAACAUGUGAAAAUUAUGACGUAUCUACAUUCAGUCUAUUUUGUUAUCAAUUGUCUGAAAUUAAACAACAUUACCGAAAUAUAUGGCUCAAAGUUGGGAUAGUUCUGCUGAUAAUAUCAAAGUUUAAACCUUAAACCAUCAUGCGAGAUAGGUUUUAAUGUUCAUCACUACUCUUUGUAUUAUCUUUUAGGGAAACUUAAGAUCGUCUUUAAUAGAGUGAUUUAAAGAAAAGUCAUGAUCUUAAGACAAUGAUAAUUGCUUUGAGAUAAUACGACUAUUUAGACUGUUAGAAUGUUAUUUGUGAUAUGAAGGUAGAGAUAUAGGGUCAGUCAUUCCCUUUCUAUGAGCAUGCUAUACUACAGGGAAUAAAGAAGCGGGGUACCUUUAGGAGACCUUGAAGGAGAAACAACAUAUUUGAUUGACCAGGUAUUUAGUGUGUCAUGGCUGGGUUGAAUAAUAUGUGAUCCUUGUGGCUUUAAAACUAACAUCAGAUUGCAUUCCUCAAUGGAAAACAGGCCUCUUAGAAAUUUUAUGGGAGUGACUGGGGAAUGCUAUGUACAUAGAAGAGGUAAACUAUCAGCAGGUAGCCUAUCAAGAUUGGCAUGGCAGCUUCUUUUCUUAGUCUGGUGAUCCUUUUGCAAUCUGAGAAAGGAAAAUGAAGCAAGAAGUUUUAAAGAGCUUUGUUGAUUGAAUUUCAUGAGUGCAGGUGGACCGAGAUCUGACAGACGUAAACUUUCACGCUUGUCUCUACUAUUUAUUCUACAACUACUUUGAGUCUCAUCUGCAGAUCCUGUGACCCUGUCCAUGCUUGAAGUGCUGCCAUAUGUACAAAUAUGUGAGGUGCUUGAGACAUACCCCCUUCAGUAAUAAAGAUACACUAGUUAGUUUAGCUCUUGUAUGAGGAAGAGAUGCAGGAUGAGAGCACCAGCUAGAAUUGGGGUCUCAAAUUAGAAGCACCAGCAUAAGGAAGCUUUUUAAAGUAUCUUCUCAGUCAUUUUAGAUC